UAUCAGGUACCUGGUGAUGGAGGCCAAUGGAGAGAGGGCUUCCCUUGUGGCUAAGUUCCAAACUCCCCUGAGAGUGGGACAGCGGGAGUCAGGCCCAAAGUGGUACAGGUCGCCUGUAGGAGUACUUGUUGAUGGUCCACCCAGGAGCACAGCAGAUGCACGGAGAUGAGGUCUGCAGACAGAUGGCGCCUGUGCGAGGUAUGGAAGCCCUUUCGGGAAUAGAGGAUUGCUGGAUAGCCGCUUCAAGCCAAGGUCAGGUACACCAGAGCAGACGUAGUCAGAUGGGAUAGCCGAGGUCAU